AUGUUCAGGAAUGGUUUUUGGAAUUCGCAAUUUGCAAGGACACUCAAGGUUCAUGGCAGCGAAGUUUUAUUAGUCGUGAUUUGGAGCUAUUUAUUUGUUAGAGGCGCGGCUGCGGGUUGUAGGUUUCGAGGGUUUAGUUGAGCUUGGAGACGCUACAUUGCCGACGGUGAUGUUUUUGGUAGCACAAAAUAGGGAAGCUUUUUUUUUUAAUUUUUUUUUUGUUUUGUUUUGUUUUGUUUGUUUGUUUUUUUGUUUGUUGUUUUAAUUUAUUAAGGUGAAGGGGAAGGAGAAUGGGUAUGGCCGAUGAUGAUGGCCAGGAGCAUACCGAGCCCGAACAGUCGGCGUACUACUGGCCUGUGCUGGAUUUUCAGACCCCUCCAGCUCGCCGCUACCAUUUCUAUAAGCAGAUGUGGUCGCCGUCUGCUCACAACAAUUUCUUCAAGGGGGCUAAGUGGUCUCCAGAUGGAUCUUGUUUCAUAACAAGCAGCGAGGACAACAGCCUACGUAUCUUUGAUUUGCCCAGUGACGUACUUGAGAGCGCAGUCUUAUAUGACAACGUCAAGUCUGAUGAAGACUCCAAUGGAGCAGCUUUGAUUGUCGAUGAAGGAGAGGCUGUGUAUGAUUUCUGCUGGUAUCCUUGCAUGACUACUACAGAUUCAUCCACAUGUAUAUUUGCAACAUCUACACGUGAUCAUCCAGUUCAUCUUUGGGAUGCUGUUUCUGGCCAGCUUCGGUGCACAUACAGAGCGUAUGAUGCAAUGGAUGAGAUUACAGCAGCGUACUCCAUUGCAUUCAAUAAUUCUGGAACAAAGUUGUUUUGUGGGUACAACAAAACCCUGAGGAUAUUUGACACCUCUCGACCAGGGCGGGAGUUUUCACAGUACUCCACAUUAACUAAGACCAAGGACGGCCAAACAGGUAUAAUCUCUUGUUUGGCGUUUAACCCAAGCUCAGAGGAUCUAUUCGCAGCAGGGUCCUACAACAAAACCACAGCUCUGUACAGCGAGCACAAUGCAGAGCUUCUAUUUGUUCUGCAUGGGCAGGAGGGAGGAGUUACUCAGGUUUUGUUCUCUAAAGAUGGAAAUUAUCUUUAUACUGGAGGCCGAAAGGACCCUAACAUACUAUGCUGGGAUGUACGGAACACAGCUGCCAUUGUGUACAAAUUGCCUCGAGUAACUUCUGAUACGAAUCAGAGAAUUGCAUUCGAUAUCGAACCAUGCGGACGCCAUCUAGGAACUGGUGGCCAGGAUGGGUACGUGCAUAUUUAUGACCUUCAAACUGGCGAUUGGGCAAAUAGUUUUCAAGCAGCAGCUGAUACUGUCAAUGCGUUUAGUUUUCAUCCUACGUUACCUGUGGGAGUCACAUCGUCUGGUCACCGCCGGUUCAGCACGGAUUACGAUGACGAAGGCAUAAGCAAAGAAACAUCUUGCAUUGGUAAAAAUGCUCAAGAAAAUUGUGCCUCCGUGUGGUUGUUUCCAUGUACUUGGCAAUCUUCUAUUGAUCCCUCUAGUACUGUGGAGACAACAGAACUUGAAAAUUUGCAGGGAGAAAGUUUAGGAACUUGGGAGGAAAAUGUUUAGGCCGAUGUGACUUAUUCUAAAGUGGAUGAGGUGUCUCAAGUAUCCAUCAAUUUAAUGGAAGUCAAUGAAGCUGGAGUUUAGAACCUUCAGCUAGACAAGUAUGUCCAAUUCAAUCUG